CGGGCGGCGUCCGCCAGGCGGCUCCGCUGAGGGGAGAAGGCGGCGGCGGCGGAGCGAAAUUUCCUGCCUGGCCGCCGCCUCUGCCCAGCGCCGGAGACCGCCUGGGCGUCCCGCGGUCCCGCGCCCGGGGCCCGGCAGCCGCCAGCGGAGCGCGGAGGCGGCGGCGGCGGAGGGCCGAGAAGCGGCGGGAGCCUCGGCGAUCCAGGAUGGAACAACCCUGUCCAUGCCUGCUGCUCUGUGUUAGCUUUCUGUUUGUGCGAGCUUUACCACCAAAUGGAACUGAAUUACCAAAACCCACCACCACCACAAACUCCACAGAGGAGAACAACUUACACAAGGACCUGCUGACUUCCAUGCUCAUCCUGCUCCUGGUGUUCAUCAUCUUCAUCCUGUUGGCCAGCUAUUUUUUCAGGUUCAGAAGACAUAGGAAAGCUGUGGUGAGCUCUGGUGACAAGAAGAUGCCUAAUGGAAUCUUAGAGGAACAAGAACAGCAAAGGGUGAUGCUGCUCAGCAGGUCUCCUUCGGGCCCCAAGAAGUAUUUCCCUAUUCCAGUAGAAAAUCUUGAAGAGGAAAUAAGGAUACGAUCAGCAGAUGAAGGGAAACUGUUCCGGGAAGAGUUUAAUUCUUUAACACCUGGAUACGUGCAGGGAACAUUUGAAAUGGCAAAUAAGGAAGAAAACAGGGAGAAGAACAGAUAUCCUAACAUCCUGCCAUAUGAUCAUUCCCGAGUCAUUUUGACCCAAGUAGAUGGAGUCCCACCUUCAGACUACAUUAAUGCAUCAUAUAUAGAUGGUUAUAAAGAAAAGAAUAAAUUUAUAGCUGCACAAGGACCCAAGCAAGAAACAGUCAACGACUUCUGGAGGAUGAUAUGGGAGCAGAAGUCUGCAGUUAUCGUCAUGUUAACAAACCUGAAAGAAAGGAAAGAGGAUAAAUGUUACCAGUACUGGCCCGACCAAGGGUGCUGGACUUAUGGGAAUGUCCGUGUGUCAGUGGAAGAUUGCAUUGUUCUCGUGGACUACACCAUCCGCAAGUUCUGCGUCCAGUCGCUCCACGAUGGGUGUAAGGCGCUGAGGCUCGUGACGCAGCUCCACUUCACCAGCUGGCCGGAUUUUGGGGUGCCUUUCACGCCCAUUGGGAUGCUGAAAUUCCUGAAGAAAGUCAAAGCCUUGAAUCCUGCCCUUGCUGGGCCAAUUGUGGUUCACUGCAGCGCUGGUGUGGGCCGAACAGGCACGUUCAUCGUUAUAGACGCCAUGAUAGACAUGAUGCACGCUGAGCAGAAGGUUGAUGUUUUUGAGUUCGUUUCAAGAAUACGUAAUCAGCGCCCACAGAUGGUUCAGACUGAUAUGCAGUACUCCUUCAUUUAUCAAGCCUUACUUGAAUACUACCUCUACGGUGACACAGAGCUGGAUGUGUCAUCCUUGGAAAAACAUCUACAAACAUCACACAGUGCAGCACCGAACCUUGUCAAAAUAGGGCUGGAAGAAGAAUUUAAGAAGUUAACGAAUGUUCGAAUAAUGAAAGAAAACAUGAGAACCGGCAAUCUUCCAGCAAACAUGAAGAAAGCUAGAGUCAUCCAGAUUAUCCCGUAUGAUUUUAAUAGAGUGAUUCUGUCAAUGAAAAGAGGGCAAGAAUACACAGACUACAUCAAUGCUUCCUUCAUAGAUGGCUAUCGCCAGAAGGAUUACUUCAUUGCCACUCAAGGACCGUUGCCCCACACCGUGGAGGAUUUCUGGCGGAUGGUGUGGGAGUGGAAGUGCCACACCAUUGUCAUGCUCACGGAGGUGCAGGAGAGGGAGCAGGAGAAGUGCUUCCAGUACUGGCCAUCAGAGGGCUCAGUCACUCACGGAGAGAUCACUGUAGAAAUAAAGAAUGACAGCCUUUUAGAUGCCAUAAGUGUAAGAGACUUCAUAGUUACAUACAACCAGGGUAACCAAGAGAAACAAAGCAGGCUGGUUCGGCAGUUCCACUUCCAUGGGUGGCCAGAAAUUGGAAUCCCUGCGGAAGGAAAAGGGAUGAUCGACCUGAUUGCAGCUGUCCAAAAGCAGCAGCAGCAGACGGGGAACCACCCGAUCACGGUGCACUGCAGUGCCGGUGCUGGAAGAACAGGUACAUUCAUCGCACUCAGCAAUAUUCUCGAGCGAGUGAAGGCUGAGGGGCUCUUAGAUGUAUUUCAAGCUGUGAAGAGCUUAAGACUGCAGAGGCCACAUAUGGUGCAAACACUGGAGCAGUACGAGUUCUGCUACAGAGUGGUACAAGAUUUCAUCGACAUAUUUUCCGAUUACGCUAAUUUUAAAUGAAAACUUCGGCCUUAUUUUUUAAUUUGUCUGUAUAAAUAGUUGUAUAUGAUAUUAAUUUAUUCCAUGUCACUUUGUUUGUUGACUUUUACUGUAAAUAGGACCUUGUGUUUGCUCUAAAAGUUGCAUUUGCUGUACAAAAUUAUUUCUGAAAUAUAAAUAUCUUCUAAAGCAAAGUAUAAUGUUCAUAUAGAGUAUAUCACUAUAAGAUGGUAGAGAAGUCUUUAUUCUAAAUAACAGUAAAUUAAUUCUUGAAGAUGUAUUUCUUUGAUUAUUUUUUUUUCCACUGACAGAUACUUAUCAGCGAUGCUGUUGCCCGGUUCGUGCAUCUUUACACAGGCCAUGUACAUCUCAUACUAAAACAGCGAGCUGUGGUAGAUAUGUUUAAAGUAAACAUGUUCUGGCCAUAAACCUUUCUUCACAGAGGUCAAUAGCAAAUGAAAAGAGGUGUUAAUUUGGGGCCGUGUUCUGAUAACCUGCUGCUGCUUACUUGGAAUUGAUUUCAUGGCCUCACUGAAAGGCAAAGAAACUGCUCCAGGUGUCAGAAUACGGCCCUUCGUGUUUAGUAGUGUGCAGUGCAGCUGGCACAUUGCUUUUAAAGGCUGUUUUUAAGAACCUCCCAGUGGAUGGCAGUUCUGUUUCGAGUUCUACUGUCAAUAGGAUGCAGCGGUUGCAAAGACAGAUUGGAAUUUCUGAUCUAACAUAAUCAAAGUUCAUUUAUUUUGUUGUUUUUUUUUUUCCUAACUAUUACACCAGCUUAAAUCAAUUCAGAAAUAGAAUAAUGUGUUUGUCACUCCUUGACAAUAUUUUGCAUAUCAGAAGAGUAUAUUUUGCAGCACCUGAAUUUGUCUAGUUCAAGAAGCUUUACAGCCCUUGUUGGCAAUGGGUAUAGAGCUUCAUGAUAUACGUGUGCGUGAUUUCCUACUACUGCGAGAAAAGGCAAAAGAGAGUAAGAUAAAGAUGAACUCUCUUAGAUCCAACAAGAGAAUUAACGGUAUUUGUUACAAUUUGGGGAAAAAAAUGAACAGCGUAGCGCUAGCAACAUUAAGGAAACUCCUUUACAUUCUUACUUUCCCAUAUAUAUUAUCAGCAAAGGAGUGCUUCCUUUAUCUAAAAGGGGGAUAUGAUUGUGUAUAUAGAUGUAUUUUUAAUGAAAGUACUACUGCUAAUACAAUAGGGGAAAUAGAUUUUAGAAGUCUCUGUUAUGUCCCUGGACAGGAUGUGCUCGGGGGUUAGAAAACCCAGAACUCGCAGGGCGUCUGAAUGUUGAAUACGAAAGCUCUAUCUUCUCCACUCGUUAAACGCAAGUAGGAAUUAAUGAGCACAAAAUACGUGAAUACGUACUCCAGUUACUUAACUAAUAUGCAAUAGUCCUGUCUUGUCCAGUUGGCUGGUUUUUCUCAAUGCAAACAUCAAAGCCUUAUUGAAAAUGAAGCAGCUUAAACCUUUCACCGCUCCCGUGAGCGUUUCCCCCAGCUGCUAGCAAGGAGCAGCUCAUGAUCCUUGCAAGGCGACAGGAGCGCCUCUGCCUCUCCUUACUUUCAUCCUGAAUGGAAGAGGUGCGGUUAAGAACUUGGAAGCACACUGCUCUGAACACUGCCACUUCCUGCUUCUCGUCUUCCCGCUGACCCACUUCUGUAUUUCUUUGCACAGUAAAUUAUGCAAUUAUGCACUGGAAGAGAUUGUUGAAAGAGUAAGCGUUCGCUGCGGCUUGCUGUUAGGAGAUGCGCUCAAAACACAAAGCGUUGAUUAUAAGAAUGCCAAGUUUACAGUACUGCCGCGUGCUAAAAUUUGAUCAGAUUUCAAAUAGCCACCGAGCAAAUUUGGUCUGAGGCGCAACACAGCGGGGUCUUCAGUACGAUCGUUUGCAGCGCAGAGAGUAUCAGGGAGGUUAAAUGGUAGAACACAGCAACAAGAAUUUUCACUGCUCUCCAGAGAAGCGUAUCUCACGGUCCCAUUCGACCCCAGGAGCUGUACAAACAUUUAGGCUGCGGGUGACAAAGAAUGGGCGAUGCCGGAGCGAGGAGCAGGACGGAGCGAAGCUGAAGCAUCCAUGUUCAGUGGGUACUCGGAUGGUAGUUGCUAACUGUAUUUAAUCUGUGAGGAAACAGGAAAAAAAAAAAAAAAACGAUAAUAUAUUUCGGAAGUCGCAAGUAUGGCUUUGUAGUGAUUUUAAUUGUUAUUUUUUUAAUAAUUUGGAAAGCUUGCUUUCCGGCGCUUGUGAGUAAUGGGGAGGCUGCCUGUUGCCGCAGCCUCGUCACUGGGGAGCUGUGGCUUGACAUGGGUAUAUCUGAAUUCUGUCUGAAAUCUUCCUAUGUUGCAUGGAAUGACUUUGAAAUGCCAAAUAGUUGAUUGGAAGUCGUACAUUCUGAUCUGUCCCUGGUUUUGGUCACUGUGUGACUUGACUGACUGUUCUCCUGUGUUAAGAUAGGUUCCAGUUCACCCGAGCAUUUAAGCAUUUGCUUGACGACAUCUCCCCCAUAAAACACACCGUACCGCAGGUUCCUUGUUCCUGGGGCAAUCCCUUAAGUGCUUUGCUGAAUUGGGCCUUAAUGAAGAAUGCUGACUGUAAUUACCAGUGUUUUUUAGGGUAUUUUUACGUCUCAGUUUUUUAAACUUUUGAAACGAGCCUGACCACCUGUGUUCAAUAUUUUGAAAUGUUUUCAUUUCCCUAGGACCAUUUUUAAUGUAAAAUUAUGGAAACUUUUCUGUAUAACCAAAUUGUAUUUAAUUUGUCAAAUCUUUAUAAUAUAUGUAUGUAUUAUACGGUUUCAGCUAUUAUUAUUUUCUUUUAUUACAUUUAUAAUUUGAUCUUGCUGUGUUUUUAAUGCCGGUGAAUGUUGCUGAAUUAUUUGUAUAUGCAAAUUGCAAGAUCUAAUACAUUCUGAUGCAAGAACAAAGCUUUGUUUUUAUUCUCAAA